AUGGCUGCACCUUCAUCACCAUGCUUCACGGUUUCUUCCCYACACCAURGUUAUGGUAGCAYSAGAUMUAGUAAUCUUGGAGGCACAAACCAUGCUGCUUCUUGGGGUUUGCGUGCAAAGGUGAAUCAUGGUUCUAGAGUCGGUGUUAUCGAUUGGAGCAUGCCAACGAUCACGACUACUUUUCGGAAGCCAUUGAUGAUUCUUGACUGCAAGAAAAAAGGUCUGGAGUUGGUUUCAGAUAUUGGUGUAGGAAGCUUGGUUAAGGAUGGCCAUGUAUUCCGUCAAAAUUUCUGUAUUAGAUCAUAUGAAGUUGGACCAGAUCGAAAAGCUUUGGUAGAGAACCUAAUGAAUUACUUCCAGGAAACGUUCCUUAAUCAUUUUAAGACAGCUGGACUCACUCAUCAUGAUAACUACGGUGUAACACCAGAGAUGUGCAAUAAGAACCUAUUUUGGGCAAUAGCAAAAACGCAAGUGGAAGUAGACCGUUAUCCACGUUGGGGUGAUGUUAUUCAAAUUGAUACUUGGAUAUCUGCAUUUGGCAAAAAUGGUAUGUCCACUAAUUGGAUGUUGUGUGAUUGCAAAACAGGCGAUAUAUUAAUGAGAGCUUCAAGUACUUUUGUGAUGAUUAAUAAAGAGACGAGAAGGCUAUCCAAAAUCCCACUCGAAGUUCGAGCUGAAUUAGAGAAAUAUUUUGUGGAUACAGCACCUAUCAUCGAAGAGAUUACUAGCAACUUCCCAAAACUUGAUAAGAACAACGUUUAUGUUCGCAAUGAAUUAACACCAAGAUGGAGCGAUUUGGAUGCCAACCAACAUGUUAAUAAUCUGAAAUAUGUUGGAUGGAUUCUCCAGGAUGUUCCGGAGCGAAUUUUGGAGAAUUAUGAGCUUGCUAGCAUGACUUUAAAGUAUUGUCGAGAGUGCACGAUGGGCAGUGUGGUGCACGCGUACACUUCUAUAUUGGGGAAUAACAAUGGCGGAAUAGCUUAUUACAGUCAUGUUGAUUGUCAGCAUCAGCUUCAACUCGACGUUGCUGGUGGUGAUGGCGAGAUCAUAUUGGAAGGAAGGACUAGGUGGCGGCCAAAAAAUACGACAACAGUAGAACUCUGAAACAGUGGUGACUAGUUCCCAAAUG